AUGACUGCGGGUGAUACGUCCGAUGAACCCAUUACUUCAUUGGGUGACGCGCUUGAAUACAAUUCCACAACGGAUAUUGGAAAGUUGUUUGUGGAAAAUUGUAACAGUGAGGAAAAUAAAUCUGAGGCUAUUGUUGCGACUGAGAUCCUUAUCAUGCUUAUAAAAAGUAGCAGCAUUCGGACCGUCCAAGGUCUUGAUGACAUGAUUAACGAUGCCGUAAGGCAGAUGCGCCAGACUGACAGGGCGAAUUGCUCAGUUAAAUCUGCCUGCGAUAUGUUUCAGCGUUUCAUUACACUUGCGGUCUUAGACAAUCCGGGCGAUUUUGAAGAUGCCAAGAAGGUUCUUCUAGACCGUGCUUACCUAUUUUUGAACAAGAUUAACGGAUACAGGGACAUAAUAGCUAGGAACACUAGCCUUCUCUUCCGCAACAAUUUUCAUGUCUUGACCCACGCGAAAUCACGCGCCGUUAUCGAGGCUCUUUCGUACAUAGUUAACAACGAAGCCAAUCGUCGUACACUGCACUGCUAUGUCACACAAUGUAUGCCAAGUGGAUCGGGUUGUCGCAUGGUUCAAGAGUUACGGAAGCGAGGUGUUCCCUGUUCCAGCGUCCCUGACACUUCUGUGGCUUAUCUAAUGCCUCAAAUCGAUGCUGUCGUCCUUGGGGCCGAGGCUGUUGUUGAAAGCGGCGGCGUCUUGAACGCCCUUGGUUCUUGCUCAGUUUCUAUGAUUGCUCAUAGUAUGGGGAAACCUGUCUAUGUUCUUGUUGAGUCCUUUAAAUUCCUUCGUGUCUAUCCUCUUGACCAACGCUCCAUCCCAGAUGAGUUGAAAUGGCCUCCUUCACAACUAGCAAAGGUUCUUGAAACGUCUUUAAUAGUGCUCUUUAUAGCUUACGCCGACGGUAUGGGUGUGCUUUUUCUCCUCUUCUUUGUCCUCGUUGCGCACGCUUCGAGCUCGGCGUACAAUACGCAAACGCCGCACGAUUCUCGUCUCUUAAUCCUCUUCUUGGAUGGACUGAGAUGGGAUUACUCCGACUAUCUUGAUAAGGCUGGAGGAAUUGGUCAGAUGCGCACACUAGGCUGUCACGUACCUCAUGUAAAACCGGUUUUUCCGGCCAAUUGCUAUAGUAAUAUGCAUGCACUCUUCGCCGGUCAUAAUUCAACUGAUUUGGACGUAUUUGAUGUUGCAUUUAAAGCUAACUACACGCAUCCGGAGCUGCUCUGGAACAAGGCCGUCAGACAGGGCAAAAGCGUAAAGCUUCUCCACUUUCCCUUCUGUUUGGGUCUACUUGAACGCGGCAUAGAUUGUGUUCAACUGAUGAACGAGCAUGCUUCUCUAGAUGUGACUUUAAGGGAUGCUCUGCAAUCUCUUAGGAACCGCACUAUCGAUCUUGCAGGACCUGCUGUCUCCAUUAUUACUCUUGAUGCUGUAGUUGUGUACUACGGUGGGCUUGACCGCGUGGCCCACGAUCGCGGACCGUCAUCAGAAGAGUUGAAACAUGGUCAGACGAUUCUCAAGGUCGAUGAGGCUAUUUCCAACAUCAUUCAGUCUCUUCAAGCUCUUAAUGACACAACUCUGAACUUUGCUGUUGUUUCCGAUCAUGGAAUGAUCGAUUUCAAGGAGUUCCUUGUGCUCGAUCGGCUUUUCAAGUGGAUGCUCAUUGACAAAGUUGUGAACUUUGGCAGUGCAGUUGGUCUCUGGCCCAAACCAGACCUGGAGAAAAAUCUAACUGACAGCCUUCCUGAGAACAGCCACUUUCACGUAUACACUCCAUGGACUAUGCCGGUGACGUCAUGGCGCCAAACUCUCCUACCACCCAUUGUCUUGAUUGCGGACCCAGGUUACGUCUUCCAAAUCAGUUACCACCCGCCUGUCGCUUGGGACCACCUGCUAAAUCAUGACAUUUUUAGCCAACUUCAAGGUGUUCACGGCUAUCUUCCUGAUGUUACCGACAUGCACACCACCUUCAUGGCCUAUGGACCUGCCUUUGAAUUCGGCUGUGGGGAGGAACAAGGGGUAGUCUACACCUACGAUCUCUUUCCACUGCUUAACAGUGCACUUUUCGGGAAACCUGUCAUCGACCUUGCGCGAAGCGGACCGGAAACGGGUUGGGAAAUGAAGCUACUUGGAGGGAUUCUUUUCACCCUCUUUGCAGUCGUCCUCAUCCUUGGACUUGCAUUAAGACGCCUGCUGAGAAUCGGAAGGAAACAUGUCAACUCACCUCUUGUCUACGAUUUCGAGAAAAUGAGCGAGUAUGAGGAAGAGGACCUCAAGGCGGAUGCGGAGAUGGAAGUGUAG